AUGCAACCACUAUCCUUGUCAAAUACAGUUCAAUUAACAUUAAGUAUUCAACAUCCAAGCGAAUUAAGACUUUUAUUUGAACACAAUGCUCUACCUGCAAUCGAAUAUUUGAAUAUUACUAUUGAGAAUCCACAGACUACUGUGCCUUGCAAGGUACCAAAUACUCAACUUUGCAAAGAUUCUCUACGACAAACGGCUAAUGGUGGUACUCAUCUGAGAGUUUUGGUCUUACGUUAUAUAACUUUGAAUGAUGUUAUCAUAUUAAUUGGCUCAUUAACCAUGCCUUUACUUGAAGAAUUGAUACUUAUUGAUAUACAACAAGAUUCAUUUCAUUUUUGUAAUUGUACAUUUCUUUCUCUUGCAGCAUUAGAUCGUCUUGGUCAAUUUCAAGAACUUUUUAAUUCUUCAAAUUUUCCUGCUUUGAAAACUCUUCAUUUCUCAUUAUGUUUUCCUCAAGAAAUCGAACAUGCAUGGAGAAUAAGUUCAUUUAGUUGCAAUCGUCAAUGGCCUUUUGACAAUAUUAAUUGCUACAUAGAUGAGCGUCAUGUACGUGUUUUGGAUGCAAGAGGUUAUAUUGCAAAGAUCCUAUUUGUUAUCUACAAUUGUCCAAUUCAUCUCCUCUAUCGCUACAAACGAACUUUUUACAAUUAUGAUUUCACAACACAUGUAUCUGCUCCCAUUCGUACAAUUCGACGACGAUUGAUUCAAUGGACAUGCGAUCAAAAAUAUGAGAGUGAGCAAUUAAAUAAAUCUCUACGAAUAAUUGCAAGUGGUCGUGUUAAUGAACUUCAUUUAACAUAUUUAAAUGAACAAGUAAGUCGUAAAAAAUAG